AUGGGAGCUCUGUCUUCAAAAUGGCAAUUUGAGAGCAUUCCAGAGGGUAUAGAUUCGGUGAUACCAAUUUGGUCGCCUCCUCCUUCGUCUGGGAACGUUGAAUUUGCCCUUUCAAAAUAUGUCAAAGAGUACAUAGCAACCACUCUUCACACUUGUGCCCAAGGAUACUCACUUGCGGUAGAUACAAGUGGUCGGAAGCUCAUCCUCAAGUCAGGCGAAAACACCUUGGCAAUGGCCAAACGGUUUGGGGAGAGCUUUCGAAUCUUUCGACUGCAUCCCAACUACGAGGGACAGCAACCUUGCGGCAAACUAAGGAGGGCGAACAACGCGCCUCUGUAUUUCCACUCUUCCGUGAAGCGACAACAUAAAAUUCACUACGGCAAGAAAAGAGGUAUACCGGUGUUUUCCGGCUGGGAAAGCAUGAGAUGUAUCGAAUUGAAUCGGGAGCCAAAAACUCUUUUGAGAAAACUUGCUUUGAUUCCCAAUCAGGAGAGGAGCUGGCCUUCUGGAAGUACUACGGAAAGCAAAACCAUGUUGAAGUCUUUCGGAAUGCAGAAUCCUCAACUCCGGACGUUGGUAUGA